GGUCAGCAAUCCAUUCGAAACAAUAUCGUCACAAGGCUCGCAAUAGUCUCCUCCGCUGGACGUCGAGGAGAACGGAUCCUUUUUUUUUGAGCAGCACUCGCUCAGACGCACUUCAGGAAAACCCUUCUUUACUCCAGACCGGUAGUUUUACCUUGGUGUAAGAGCAAGGAGAGAAAAACAAAAUGUUCAACUCAACCUCGAGCUUUUUCAUCUCCAAAAAAUGGCGGCUGCCCAAGGUCAUGCUCGGGUUCUUGGCUGGAGAAUUCCCGCUCACCGUUGCAGCCAUGGCAAUGUUCAGUAUUGCCUCGCCGAACUUGUAUCGCACUGCACUCUGGCUCGAUGGCGCGCAGAACGGCUUCAACAGUAAUCCCAAUGAGCUUCUCUACGCUGCUGCCAACUACAGGCACAUGACCGCACCGCUGCCUUGGAGAGAUUUCACAACGAGCUACAACGUCGUCAUCUCCGUCCUGACCAUGUUCAUCCUUUUGGCCAAAUGCACGCUGUAUCUUGUGCACUGGUUCCCUCCGAUUCUUUCUGCCGUCAUCCACGCACCCUUGGCUGCUCUUUGGGCAGUGAGCAUCCACAACCAGGCCGCAUCAGACAUGAGCGACCCCAAGCACCCGCAACCCGGCGCACCGUGGUACUUGACCAAGAGCUGCACCGUUGCAUUCUACCCGAACAAUGUGAAAUACUGCAGACAAGCCAAGGGCUGUUUCGCUCUGACCUGUUUAUACAUGGCAUAUAUGCUUGCUCACACCAUCUUCGGAAUCUACUCAAUGAUCCCAAGCCAGCAACAGCGUCUGAACCGCCAGGCAUCCAUCGACUCGGACCUUGAAGACGAAGACUACCAGAAGCAGCACUCGCCUAACAGCAUGAGCUCGCAGACCAAAAUCUUCGGCAAGUCAGCAGACGGAAUGGAAGGCCAAACGCGUUUCGAGCUGCGCGAGGUUCCUCUUGCUGCAAAGAAUAACCCCAUGACUCCACGGACUCUGGCAUUCAAUACUCUGGGCGGAAGCGGAGACUUGCCUUUGCGGGGCCAUGGUAAUUGAGCUGAGCUAGAGCAAUGCCAUUGGUGGCCGUUUCACCAGAUGGUGGGAUAACUUGAGGACGAGCCGUUAUAAAUUGCGAGGAAGAGCGCCGCGUCUCGAUGUCGAUGUUCGUUCUUCUUCAUCGUUUCCGGCCUGAGUACUUUCCGGCCUGGGUGACUUACUCUCUCCUCUCCGUCCUACAUCCCAUGGCAAGCACAAAGACUACCCGAUUACAUUCCUUUUUUUUUGUUUAUACUUCUGGUUAUAUCCUGGAUACCUCUACUUGUUUUACUUCUUACAUACCGUACCUAUGCACGCCACUUCAGACUUCUAAAACCUGCUAGAUCUAGUUUCAUUCCUUU